AUGGCAGAAGUAGCUCCAGCAACAGCGCCGGCUAAAGCAGCCAAGAAGAAGGCCCCCAGGCCGAAGAGGGCCGGCCCUAGCAUCGGUGAGCUCAUCGUUAAAGCUGUGUCCGCAUCCAAGGAGAGGAGUGGUGUGUCCGCGGCCGCCCUCAAAAAAGCCCUGGCUGCCGGCGGAUACGAUGUGGAGAAGAACAAGUCCCGCGUCAAGACCGCUAUCAAGGCUCUGGUGGCCAAGGGCACUCUAGUGCAGACCAAGGGGAUCGGGGCCUCCGGCUCCUUCAAGAUGAGCAAGACGGCUGCUGCUCCCAAGGUUAAGAAACCGGCUAAGAAAUCCGUUGCUAAAACCAAAAAGCCCGCAGCCAAGAAACCUACAGCGGCCAAAAAGCCCAAAGCAGCGGUCAAGAAAUCAGCAGUCGCGAAGAAAUCCCCCAAGAAGGCCAAGAAACCCACGCCGGCCAAAAAAGCAGCUAAGAGCCCCAAGAAGGCUACAAAGAGCCCCAAGAAGCCUGCAAAGAAAGCCCCUGCAGCCAAGAAAACCCCUGUGAAGAAGCAAACCAAGCCUAAAGUCAAGAAAGCUGCAGCCAAGAAAAAGUGA